AUGUGGGUUCAAAUAUAUGCAAUGGGGAGAAGAGCUCCUCUAGCAUCUAUAAAAAGAGAUGGGCUAAGAUAUAAUGUUGUUUCUUCGGGCACAUGGAUAGAUGAGGGAAAUAAAAAAGAAUUGGAGAAGAUUGGUUUAGUUCAACACCAAUUGACAAAGGACGACAUAAACCAAUAUAUUCAAGAUUUUGUCAAUGGUGCAAAAAAUGCUAUUGAAUGUGGUGCAGAUGGUGUUGAAAUCCAUGCUGCCAAUGGGUUUUUGUUGAACCAAUUUCUUGAUCCAAUCUCAAACAAGAGAACUGAUGAAUAUGGUGGAUCUAUUGAAAAUAGAGCUCGUAUCAUUUUAGAAGUUGUUGAUGCUCUAGUUGAUGCUAUUAGUGAAGAUAAAGUAGGAAUUAGAUUUUCUCCAUAUACUGAUAGUGGUGGUAUGUCUGGUAGCUGGGACCCAACGGUGUUUGCUCAUUAUGCCUAUGUGUUUGCUCAGUUAGAAAAGAGAGCUCAAGAAGGUAAACGCCUAGCUUUUAUUCACAUCUAUGAGCCUGGUGUUACUGCUAACUGGGUAGAUGAUGGGACAGGAACGUACGUAGGUGGCACUACCGAUUUUAUUUAUUCAAUUGGGAAAGGCACUGUCAUUAGAACUGGUAACUUGACUAUUCACCCUGAAGUUGCCAAGGAAUUUUUAAAGCAACCAAACACGUUAUUAGGAUACGGUAGAUAUUUUAUUUCUAAUCCAGAUUUAGUUGACCGUUUAGAAAAUGGAUUACCCUUGAAUAGCUAUGAUAGAUCAACGUUUUACACGGAUGCAGACAAAGGUUAUACUGAUUAUCCUACUUACAAAGAAGCAAUCAAACUAGGCUGGGAUAAGCAGUAA